GAGAAGCGAAUGGAAGAUGUGCGCCAUUUUGGCUCAAACAAAGUCAGAAACAUUUUCUCUCCUUAUAUAGUUUUCAAAUAUUUUCAUUAAUGACUGGAUAAAACAUUCGGAGGGAUCACUAUAGUUUACUUGGGGUGCUGUUUGUUAUGGAUGCAACUUUUUAAUUGUUUCAACAACGCGUGAGUAGUAAAAACAAUGAUUAGGAGCGUUUAAGGGUGUGUUGAAUUGAGAGUUGCUGUUUGAUACACUUGUGUGCAAUGGGCGGCUGUUCUGCACCAAACUGCUCCAAUUCAACCAGCAUAGGCAAACAGCUCUUUAGAUUCCCCAAAGACGCAGCACGUAAGAAGAAAUGGGUGGUGAACUGUCGCCGGGACUUUGAACCAACUCCUCACUCCAGACUGUGUGAAGAUCACUUUGAGCAGAGCCAGUUUGAGGAAGUCGCCCGCUCUCCAGUUGGUGGAAAGAAGUUGAAGCCCAAUGCCAUCCCCACUCUGUUUCAGUUUGGAGAAGCUCCAUACCCUGCAGUCACUGCCUCCUACAUUCUGCUACCUCUGAAACCCGAACCAGAAAAGGAGGUGAAAUUUGGGGAUCACGGCUAUGCCAGACGCACCCCUCUUCCUGGCCUGGAGGAAGAAGAUGCCGACAGGACGCCAGAGGACCAGCAGCCUUGCACACAGUGUCAGCUCCUGAGGAAGCAGUUGGAGCAGGAGAUGCAACACACCGCGAGGCUACAGAAGGAGGCAGAAGAAAUGAAGAAGCGCCUUUACCGGCUCGACCGGAUCGAGAAGGGUCUCCAGAACUUCCUCUAUGAGGACCAGAUCCGGGCCCUGUCCCUCAGCAAGCGUUCCCGUCGUGCCGUGUGGUCUCCAGAGACAAUCCUGAAAGCCCGAAAGAUCCGCUGUGCAGUUGGCACCAAGGGAUACGAGUACCUCAGAGAAAUCGGAUACCCUCUACCCUCCUACAGGACUCUGUGUAACCGCCUAGAGACAAAGAUCAUGGUGACAACUGACAUCAGCUGCGAGGAGCUGGCGGAGCUGAGCCUCGGCCUCAUGGCGACGUGUGACAGUCCCACAGAGGGCGUCGGAGACAACGACGAGGAAGAGCUGAUCGGCGUGUUGUCCUGAUCCCUGAACCAGCAGAACACUGAAGGAAGUGAACAGUUUUUACAUGUCGUCGUCACGGCUUCAGUGUGUGUGUAGCAUGUAGCCCGUGACAGUGCACACUGAUAGGCUGUUUACACUGAACGGCAUAUAUGAGUGUACUGAAAGCAUGUUAAAUGACUUGUUAAAUUGGACCCCUGAAGCUCCCUGUGGGCAGAUUUGCACAAGUAAAAUGUUGGUUAAGUUGUUUUAAGAGUUUGUGCUUCUGAUUUGUUUUUGUUUUGAAGUGUUUCAACUUUACUCCAUAUCCCGUCACUUGGGUGAAAUAUCAAAGUGGUAAAGACAAUAGAGUGGGCGUCAAGUCUGUUUCCUUUUUUUAAUGUGUAAAAAAUGACUUAUGCGUUGUGUGUAUCUGACACAUAUCAGACAGCUUUAAAAAGCAUUGUUGCC